AUGGUUGUCCAUUUACUUGGUUUGAAUUUCAGCACCAUCGACAACUUCCUCUCCAACCGAAGCAACAAUGCCAGCGUACAGGACAACUUGGUGCCCCAGGACACCUCUGGUUUAAGUAGGACUGGCCACACGGUGGUGGCAGUAUGCCUUGGUCUCAUUUUAGUCUUUGGAAUAGUUAACAAUUUUCUAGUUAUGAUCAUCUUUGCAAAGUUUCGGUCGCUAUGGACGCCUAUAAACCUAAUCUUGUUGAACAUCAACUUUAGCGACAUUCUCGUCUGUAUUUUCGGCACUCCGUUUAGUUUCGCUGCAAGUCUAAGAGGGAGAUGGCUUAUUGGACCCUACGGAUGCAAAUGGUAUGGCUUCGCCAAUUCGCUUUUCGGCAUCGUGUCCCUGGUGUCGCUGGCCAUGUUGUCGUACGAGCGCUACGCCACCGUGCUGCGUUGCACCAAGGCCGAUCUGUCCGACUUCCGCAAGGCCUGGCUGUGUGUAGCCGGCUCCUGGCUCUAUUCCCUGCUGUGGACCAUGCCGCCGUUCCUGGGCUGGAGCAGCUAUGGCCUGGAGGGCGCCGGUACCUCCUGCUCGGUAGAGUGGCACCAGCGCUCGCCAGCCAGUGUCUCCUACGUGGUGUGCCUCUUCAUCUUCUGCCUCCUGUUGCCACUCCUGCUCAUGGUCUACUCCUACAGUCGCAUCCUGGUGGCCAUCCGGGGGGUAACGAGGAUCAACCUGCUGUCGGCCCAGCGACGUGAGCAGCACAUCCUGCUGAUGGUUCUGUCCAUGGUGUCUGGCUACCUGCUGUGCUGGAUGCCCUACGGCAUCAUGGCCCUGCUGGCUACCUUCGGCAGGUCGGGCCUGGUCACCCCUGUGGCCAGCGUGGUUCCUGCCAUCCUGGCCAAGACCAGUACUGUCAUCAACCCCAUCAUCUACGUGCUCCUCAACAACCAGUUCUACAGAUGCUUCUUGGCAUUUAUAAGAUGCAGCGGAGAGCCCAAACCUGUCAGCGGCUUCAACACCCAACAGAGCAGCAAGGAGGAGCAUCCCACCCCCCUGACCCCUUUCUCACGCUCAUCCCUGACCCACAAGCAUCCGUCACAAGGCUCCCCGCGUGCCCACAGCAUCAGGAGCCCCAGGAAACCCCCGUCCCCCCUUAGGAGACAGCACCGCACCCUGUCCUUGGUGGUCCACUACAACCCCUGA